AGAUUCCUCAACAAAACUUGCAGGACAAGGAGGAGGGUCGACUGGGGAUUCGUACGACCGCCGCCGCCGCCUUCCGCCCGACGUAGUUUUGGACCGUUCCGGAACGUGCGCCUCACUUGGACUUUCGAUGGAACGAACAUUCCUUCGACUUUGGUGACUACGCAUCUUUUGGCUGGACUACACGUCAUACUGUAUGACCGCAGCCUGACGUGUCUGCGAGCGGAAACUAUGGAAACGGUGAAUACCAGCAGCGGGGGCGAGCCCGGCAUCUUCUCGGCCAGUCCUUACGCCGCCGCGGAAAUUGUGCUCAUCGUUCUGGUGGCGGGGUCCCUCAGUCUGAUCACCGUCGUGGGAAACAUUUUGGUCAUGCUCUCCAUAAAGGUAAACAGGAACCUGCAGACUGUCAACAACUACUUCCUGUUCAGCCUGGCCUGCGCGGACCUGAUUAUCGGCGUCGGCUCCAUGAACCUGUACACCGUCUACAUCGUGAUUGGCUACUGGCCCUUGGGAGCGGUGGUGUGCGACCUGUGGCUGGCGGUGGACUACGUGGUCAGCAACGCCUCGGUCAUGAACCUCCUGAUCAUCAGCUUCGACCGAUACUUCUGCGUCACCAAACCGCUGAGCUACCCGGCGCGCCGGACCACCAAGAUGGCCGGUCUGAUGAUCGCCGCCGCCUGGGUGCUGUCCUUCGUCCUGUGGGCGCCGGCCAUUUUGUUCUGGCAAUUCAUCGUGGGCGGGAGAACCGUGCCGCCGGGGGAGUGCUACAUCCAGUUCUUCUCCAACCCGGCGGUCACGUUCGGCACGGCCAUGGCGGCGUUCUACCUGCCCGUGGCCAUCAUGAUCUACCUCUACUGGCGCAUCUCCAGGGCCAGCCGUAGCCGCGUCCAGAGGGACAGCCGGAAGCCGUCCGGGACCAGUAUCGGCGAAGCUCACUCUCACAGUCAAGAGGACGCGGGUGAGAACCAGAUCCAGAACAGUUGCAUUCAGAAGAUGAGGGAGCAGCUCAGGGAGGCUGUGCUGAGCAAGGAGAAGGAAGCGCUGCAGCAGCAGCAGCAGCAGCAGCAGAACGGAAGUACGCCUUGCAAGGAAGACAAAGCCGAGCAGCCGGAAGCGGAGGCGGACAGCGUCCAACCCUCCACGUCGACAGAGAACGAGCUCCCCGUUUCAGUGCUGAGGGGACUGAACGCGGUAAGAAGGAUGAACCAAACAGAGCCGUCGUCCAGGGGAGGUUCCUUGACGGACUGUCAAGCCACAAGGACCAUGCUCAAGGUGACGAGGCAGAGCGCGGUGGCCAAGUGGCGCAAGAAGAGCACGUCGUCGCGGGAGAAGAAGGUGACGCGCACCAUCAUGGCCAUCCUGGUGGCCUUCGUGGUGACGUGGACGCCGUACAACGUGAUGGUGCUGAUCAACACCUUCUGCUCCGUCUGCAUCCCCAACACCCUUUGGACCAUCGGCUACUGGCUGUGCUACAUCAACAGCACCAUCAACCCGGCCUGCUACGCCCUGUGCAACACCACCUUCAAGAACACCUUCAAGCAUCUGCUGCUCUGCCAGUACAAGAACAUACGAGCGACGCGGUGAAGCUUCUGCCGUGCGGACCGAGUGCUCCAAACGGCAACGCCAUGCUGGAAUGUUGCAUACAUUUCUUUUGAUGUUCAACGACAGCGUCACAUACACCCUACGAGUUUUCCCGGGUUAGAGCCUGGUCUAGUUGCAUAGUAUUUCCCAGUCCGAGCCAAGCCCUGUGCAAUCUCUUUAGGUGUCCCGCAGGGCUCACUACCAAGGACCCCUUUCUUCGUUGGGAGAUCUGCUACGCAUGUAUCGUAAAUACAAGCGCUGCUAUUUCCAGACAAUCCAACUAAAAGUGAGCAAUCAUCAAUUAAAUACAAGUACUUCGGUAGCUGGACUUACGCAUGCCCCGAUUUGGGAAUUUUUCAAGUUAUGAGCCGUUGCUAAGCUUUGAAUGUUGCUACUGCUUGGGGUGAAAUGAACCACGAAAAAAAAAAAUAAAAAAUAAAAAAAUGGAGCAGGUAAGGACCGGUAAUGCCCACGCAUGUGAGCAACUAUCAAGUGACAAGACACACUCAAGACUGACAUCACACAGAAAACGGAUGGAUGGACGGUCAUUAAAAACGUCCAAACAACUGCGGCUUCAUCGCGCAACACCAUCCUUUCUUCUGAGCCGCUUAUCCUGACGAGGGUCGCGGGAGUGCUGGAGCCAAUCCCAGCUGUCAACGGCCAGGAGGCGGGCUACACCCCGAACUGGUCGCCAUGGAGACAAACAGCCGCGCUCACAAUCACACCGACGGGGCAAUUUUAGUGUCCGAUUCAUUUUGGGAGUGCCCACCCGGAGAAAAGCCACACAGGCACGGGGAGAACAUGCAAACUCCACACAGGGAUGGCCGGCAUGGAAGCCGGGGUCCUCAGAACGGUGAGGCCAACGCUUUCCAGCCACGCACACGACACAUCAUACAACAAUACUCACAAAGGUACUGGUUACUCUCUGAACUCUGGUAGUCUCUUUCGGCUUGUCCCGUUCGGGGUCGCCGCAGCGUGAAAUCUCAGCGGAGUUGUCACGCCGGAUGCCCUUCCUGACGCAACCCCUCUUGGGGAGCGGAGACCCCGGUGAGAUCCGAACUCACAACCCCUCGAACCAGUGAGCGAUGGGGCCUCCUUGGUACCGACAACUACUACUGGAGCUAAAUUGGGGCCCGUUUCUUCCUCUGCUUUUCAUUACAUGUCAUUUUUUUCCCCCAGUAAAGGUCAGCGCUGCCCCUUAUGUCGCGUCUCAAUGUGUUACUACACUCAAGUCGUGCAACUCUUGAUUCAGACUUGCUUGGAUACUGUAAAAAAAAAUAAAUACAAAAUUUAAAAAAAAAAGGAAAAUUGCUGUUUAAACAAAAAUGUGUGUAAGUGUGUCUGCUUUAAAAGGCAACCACACAAAGUGGUACUCAUCAUUGUGUCACGUGUAUGUAAAUAACCGGAAACUAUGGAUUAGGACAAAUUGUGUUUAUGAAAUGUUUUUACACCAUGUUUAUGUGCGUGUGCAAGUUUACUGUAUGUUGAGUGCCGGUAGUGAAAGUAGUCCAAAUGGAAUAUUUAUUCGUGUCUGUACAGCGCUUUUACCUCCUCAUGUAAAACAUAUACAAUAAA